AUGUGCAAGGAUAAGAGGAAAACUGAGGCUGAGGGGAUGCUUAAGGAGACGAACGAGAAGGGUUUGGCCACUGAUGACAAUAUGAUAGUUCUUGCACAUUGCAAUGUGAGGAUGGUAGAUGAAGCUUUAGAAACUUUGAGGGGCAUGGCUGAGAAGGGUGAGGAGCCUGAUUUAGUUUCAAUCAAGGCUGUUCUUCAGGUUUUGUGCAAGGAUAAGAGGAAAACUGAGACUGAGGAGCUGCUUAAGGAGAUGAACAGGAAAGGUUUGGCCACUGAUGACAAUAUGAUAGUUCUUGCUCAUUGCAAUGUGGGAAUGAUAGAUGAAGCUUUAGACAUUUUUAGGGAGAUGGCUGAGAAGGGUAUGAACCAGAUUGCCUUUCAUUCAUGGAAGUUCUUCAUGGAUAAGAGGAAAGUUGAGGCUGAUGAGCUGCUUAAGGAGACGAACGGGAAGAGUUUGGCCACUGAUGACAAUAUGAUAGUUCUUGCACAUUGCAAUGUGGGGAUGGUCGAUGAAGCUUCAGAGAUUUUUAGGGACAUGGCCGAGAAGGGUGUGAAGCCAGAUUGCCUAUCAUUCAAGGCAGUUCUUCAGGAAAAAUGA